GCCCUGACCUGAACUGAGCAGAAAGACACCUCCCCUCUCCCCUAGUUCUACUCAACUUCCGCAACAGGAAAUAAACCACUCCUGAUUCGUUUUUGUGCCAGUGUUCGAGCUAGGCCAGUCCAUAACUUUCCACUGGAAAGCCGUUUGUUUUGAAGAAAAUGUCGGGAGCAUCAAAUCUUCUCGCAAUGAAGAAAAUUGUCCAGCAACUGCGAUUUGAAGCAAGCAUCAACAGAGUCAAGGUAUCACAGGCGGCAGCUGACCUCCAACAGUUUUGCAUGCAGAAUGCUUCCCAUGACCCUUUGCUCACCGGUGUCUCAUCAAGCACCAACCCUUUCAGGCCACAGAAAGUGUGCUCUUUCUUAUGAGACCACAUUGGAUAAUUUGCCAAAGGCUUUCUUUCCAUCAAGGCUAGAACUGUUGCGAGAAAAAAAGCGAUGCCCCUACAUGAAAAUGCCAACAACGUUGCAUACACUGCACUACACAAGCGUAGAAAAUGGAUCCAAUCUAGCAGGACCAGAGUUGCAAAAUGAUUACACAGACCUUCACUUUUGUCAGAAUCUGUAAUGCCAUCAAGAAUAAGCAUUUCAGUCAGGAUUGUGGUAUCAUUUGAAAUCACCAGGGUUUAAUUUUACACUGCCUUAACACAGAGAUAUAUACCAUGAUGAGGGAACAAAGGUCUUAAACUAUAGUGCCACAACUGUGCCUUUUUUGUACUGUUCAUCUUUUUUAACUAAUAAAUGUUCUUGUUAUUCGUGUUA